CCUCAACCGCGCGCGCGGGGGACAGGUCAAACCAAACUCGCAAGUCGCGACGCCGCACCCCACGCCCCCCUCAACGCGGCGAAGCAAACGCAGAUGAGCUGCUAGUGCUAGCUGCCUCCGCAUCCGCUUCCGUUUCCCUUCCCAUAAAAGCCUCCGGCGCGCAGCCCCACCCCCUGAUGACAAACUCGCCCACUUGGUGUGGUUAGAGUCAGAGACCAGCGCUGGCCGCCCGGCCAUGGAGAAGAAGCCGCUGAUGCCGCUGGCGGUGGCGCACAAGCACGCCCACGGUCACGGAGGCGGCGCGGAGCGGACGUGGGCGCGGCCGUGGCGAUGGGCCAAGACCGCCUUCGUCCUCGCGGCCAUGCUCGCGUCGCUCCUGCUCGUGUGCGCGCCGCCGCUGCUGGUCGUGCUCCUCGACCUCGCGCUCCCGCCGGCGCUCCUGUCCGCGACCCUCCGCGGAUCGCUCGCGCCGGCGGUCGUGGCCCAGGCGCGGGCCUUCGACUUCCGCUCGUCGCUCGUCGACCUGCCCGCCGUGUCCGCGGCGCGCGCGCUGCUCAUCCUCUGUCAGUAUCCGCCCACUCCAGACCGGCUUUCGGAUCCCUCCCUGCCCCUCGUGGUAGCUCUCUGGUGGACUGACCGCUUCCCGCGCCGUGUCGUGUCGCACUAUGGCAGGCGCGUACGUGGUGUGCGGCGGCGACGCGUACCUAGGGGUGGUCGUGGCGUGCGCGGCCGGGUCCGUGUCCUACGUGCUCGCCAAGGCCGCGGCCGUGCUGCCGCGCCGCGCCGUGGCCGCUGCAGGUGCCGGUCCGGAGGCCAUGCUCCUGCUGUCCCUGGCGCUCGCCGCCGCGCACCUCGGCGUGGCGUACAGGACCAGCUGCCGCGAGCGCCGGCGAAGGCUCGUGUACAGGAUGGACGUCGAAGGCGCCGUGAGGUUAAAAGGAGGCCAUCAAACACCCAAAGGGCUGAAGCAGUGUAUCGUCUGACACUCUGCUCCCAUCAUCCUCACCAUUAGCGUCCGCUGCAUCACCAUUCACCAUAUACACGUACGUACAGAAAGAUUAACCAAGUUUUUGUUGGGUUCGCCUUCGUCAAGUGUACACUAAGGCUAUCUCCAGUAGCUUUCUUAUUUCACUCUCUAUCUCAUUUCUCCAUUUCAAACUUACAAUUUACAGUAAAAAAAUAGUACUGCUGUUUGCACUAAACGGCCAUAUGCUUACUAUUACCCGUGUAACUACUGUCAGUCCUGUCACUGCUGCAAGUGAACAUACUGUGAAUACUAAACGGCCAUAUGCUUACUAUUACCCCCGGGCCUCCAGCGACGCAGACGCAGGACGAGCCCGGUUUCUUCGUGUUA